ACUCUAGGAGCUAUCUCCUGUAUCGAUGUAGCAGUGCACGUGACUUCUUCACAAGCUAAAAUACUGAUGCAUGACACUCAGCACUACACUCUUUGUCCGCAAUUAUUUCGUAUUCUGUGCUUGUAGUUCGAUAUAUUCAGUAGAUUUGCAGAUAAUGAAAGCUCAAUCCCUCGUGGACGAAGUCUACAGCUUACCCCCGCUCCAAAAAACACCGCCCACCGGUAGCCGUAGUUUCUCAAGACAUCAGCUGCCUAAUGGAUAUAUUGUCACAUACUGUGACAAUCUGACUCAUGUUCCGUCAGUUAAAAAGGAGUUCAAGCCUAACCCUGAGGUCUCAAAGCGACUAAAAUCUCUAUCAGACUUCAGUCACAGCGUCUCUGCAUCUCUGGGCACUAAAUCCUACUUCGAGAACGCUCAAAAGCCUGGCAAGAGACGGCCCCGACAGAAGAACACAUCCAAAGCUCGAGCUCAGACUGGCUUCCAGUACUGGUAUAAAGACACUAAACAGCUGCCUGAUAAGAGGGUUAGGUCUCACGGAGCUUUCGGAUCUAAGAAUACUGUGCUAGGAUUGAGCGGAGGAUCGAGUCACAUCAAAUCUCAGCCGGUAAACGCUCUCCACUUCUCACGACCCACUGCCAACUUAGAGAGCAUGAUCAAAGCAACCGCUCCUCUUCAAUGGAUCGGGGCUACCUUCCAGAAUAUGUAGAGUGUAUGUAGAGGAUUAUGGGAACCAGCCUUCAAUAUACAGUAGAUCAACUAUAGUGAGCAACGGAUAACAAGACUCUUACAGUUUAACGAGACCUCAGACCCUUCGGUUGGAAAUGUGUGGUCUGUUCGUGCUUAUAUAACGCUUCAACCGGUUCUAAUGAACAAAUUCAGAUGUGUACAAGUUAAGAAUUCGUUGACAAUUUGAGUCAUGAUAGACAAGAUGAAGAAUUUGUUAGUUCGAGCUUCCAGACACUAACAUGAUCUAACAGACGACCUGGUCUGAUGAACUGAGAGAGAGAGAGAUAGAGAGAGAGAGAGAGAGAGAGAAAAAACAGUCGUAUGAAAAUCAUCAAGUUUGUCAAUUUGUUGACUUUUUUAGUGAUUUUUGGUGGUUUUACUUAAGUUUCGCUGAAUUUAUGA